GGGAUAAAAUCUCAGCUCAAUCUACUCAUCCGAAACCGUUCCUGUCCUUGCUGUUUAAGAGGAGCUGACCAGUAGCUCUUCUCUUUUCGUAAAAACAAACUCUAUUUUAAAUGAAUUGAUCGAGGUUUCUUCUUUAUGCCCGUACCUCUUGGCCUCGGUCCAAGAUACAGGCUGUCUCGCACAUUAGGCACCACCCCCCCCUUUUGCAAGUUUGAAAUGUGAGCUGCCGAGCCUGCUUGUCUGUGUGUGUUUCUGCUCUCGUGUGGCUGUGUGGCUGAGUGUCUGUGUGAUGUGUUUAUUGGGAGGGCAGGCAAUGGCUCAGUAACAGAGGAUACAUCUAUAACAGCAACGGCUGCAGGAAGAUACAACAGAGCCUUGUUGUCGUCUUGGUGUGAGGAGCUGGGUCGUCUCCUCCUCCUCCGUCAUCAGAAGAACAGACAGAACGAACCACCCCAGGGGAAGGUUCCUAUGCAGCUCACCAUGCACUCCAUGAAGCCCACCCUGUCACACAGUGAUGGGUCUUUUCCCUACGACUCAGUACCAUGGCAACAGAACACCAACCAGCCGCCGGGUUCUCUCUCCGUGGUAACGACCGUCUGGGGUGUGGCCAACACCUCGCAGAGUCAGGUGUUGGCAAACCACAUGGCUAACAAUGGUAACCCCAUGAUCCCUGGCGGUAACCCCAUGGGUCAGGGGGGUAUGUCUGGGAACAACCAGGGGAUGAACUCACCCCAGUACCCAGGCCAGCAGCAGCAGUUCCCCAACAAGGGCCAGCAGAACCAGGCUUACAUGCAGCAGGACCUGUACGGACGCCAGGGCUACCCCGGGGGAGGAGGAGGCUUCGGGGGGAAUUACCCUGGAGGUCCUAUCUCUGGUCCUGGUGGUGUGGGCAUGCCCCCGCACUCUCGUCCCCCUAGCGACUUCACCCAACCUGCUGCUGCCGCCGCCGCCGCAGCCGUCGCCGCGGCAGCCGCCACUGCUACCGCCACUGCCACGGCAACUGUUGCCGCCAUGCAGCAGGACACUCAAAACAAGGACAUGAACCAAUAUGGACCGAUGACUUCGUCGUUCCAGAUGGGGCCCAGCCAGGCUUACCAGAACCAAUUCAUGAACCAGGGGCCAGGGGGUCCCAGGGGCCCUCCAUCUCUCCCAGGGAACAUGGGCCCCGGUCCGGGCAUGAACCCCUCCAACAUGGUCUCCUCCCACAUGGGAAUGAACCAUCCCCGGCCCCAGGGGAUGGUGCCCUUUGGAGGCCACGUUGCCCAGAGAAUCCCCCAGCAGGGAUACCCAGGAUGCAGGCCUCAGGGUAUGGGCAUGCAGGGUGUGAAGAGACCCUACCCUGGAGAGCCUAACUACGGAGGGCAGCAGUAUGGUCCAGGACCGAAUGGCCAAGGGUUCCCCCAGCAGCAGAACCAGUACCCCACCCACACCCCCAACCCCUCCAGGCCACUCCCGUCCCCCAACUACCCAGGCCAGAGAAUGCCUGGUGGGCAGCAGAUCCAGGGCCAUUACCCCCCUCCUGGAGGGGCCAUGGGACAGUACUACAAGCAAGAGCCUUUCAACGGUCUAAGUAGCAACUUCUCUGGGAGUGGAUAUCAGUACAGCCAAGGCAAUAUGAAUGGGCCUCCUCGACCGGUGGGUUACUACCCCCACUCCCCGGUGCAUGGCAACCCGACCCCGCCCAUGACACCAGGAAGUAGUAUCCCUCCCUACAUGUCUCCAAAUCGUGACGUCAAGCCCCCCUUCCCUCCAGACAUCAAACCAAAUAUCACCGCUCUUCCUCCUCCUCCUCCAGCCAACCCCAACGAGGAGCUGCGUCUGACCGUCUCCUUUUUCUUCUCUCUCCCAGCCAACCCCAACGAGGAGCUGCGUCUGACCUUCCCAGUGAGGGACGGGGUGGUCCUAGAGCCCUUCAGACUGGAGCACAAUUUGGCCGUCAGUAACCAUGUCUUCCACCUCCGCCCCUCCGUACACCAGACCCUCGUGUGGAGGUCAGAUCUGGAGUUGCAGUUUAAAUGUUACCAUCACGAGGACCGACAAAUGAACACCAACUGGCCUGCCUCGGUCCAGGUCAGUGUUAACGCCACGCCCCUCACCAUCGAGCGCGGCGACAACAAGACGUCCCACAAGCCCCUGCACCUGAAACAAGUCUGCCAACCAGGAAGGAACACCAUCCAGAUCACAGUUACCGCCUGCUGCUGUUCUCACCUGUUUGUACUGCAGCUGGUCCACAGACCCUCUGUACGAUCUGUCCUGCAAGGCUUACUGAAGAAGAGGUUACUGCCUGCAGAGCACUGCAUCACCAAAGUUAAGAGAAACUUCAGCAGCGUAGCGGCGUCCUCUGGCAACACCACUCUGAACGGCGAGGACGGUGUUGAACAGACGGCCAUCAAGGUCUCCCUCAAAUGUCCGAUCACCUUCCGGAGGAUCCAACUUCCAGCCAGAGGUCAUGACUGUAAACAUGUCCAGUGCUUUGAUUUGGAAUCCUACUUACAGUUGAACUGUGAGCGAGGAACGUGGCGAUGUCCAGUAUGCAAUAAAACAGCGUUGCUUGAGGGACUAGAAGUUGACCAGUACAUGUGGGGGAUUCUUAAUGCCAUCCAAAACUCGGAGUUUGAGGAGGUGACCAUAGACCCUUCGUGUAGUUGGAGACCUGUGGCCAUCAAGUCUGAUAUCCACAUCAAGGAGGAUCCAGAUGGACCCAUGGCCAAGAGGUUCAAGACCAUGAGCCCCACCCAGAUGACCCUGCCCAACGUGAUGGAGAUGAUCGCCCUGCUCGGCCCAGGGCCCUCGCCCUACCCACCCCACCAGGGGGGCAACAACAGCAAAUACGGAAGCCAUGGUAACAGUUACCAGGGCCACAGCGGGGGCUUUGACUUCCCCCAUGGGAACCCCGGUGGUACGACCAUGAACGACUUCAUGCACGGCCCCGUUCUGUCCCACCCGCCAAACAUGGCACAGGACAAACCCCUCACACACAGCAUGCCUGACUCUAUACCUCAUCCUGCCAUCACUGACCAGUCCCACAACUUGUUACAGCAUAGCUUACACGCCCAAUCGCACCCCGGCAGCCAAUCGGGACAGCCGUUGCAUCACAGUGGACCUCCUCAGCCGUCACGACAACAGGCUCCGCCCCCACAGCAACAACAGCCCGGCCCUAACAAUCACCCUCUGCAGCACGGUGACCCCUUAGAGGGACUGGGUGGAGGGCUCCCAGAUAUGCCCGAACCUUCCUUGGAUCUCCUUCCAGAGCUGGCUAACCCAGAUGACUUGUUGUCUUACCUGGAUCCUCCAGACCUCCCGAGCAGUAGCAACGAUGACCUUCUCUCGCUCUUCGAAAACAACUGACUCUGAUUCUAGAUCAGUUCAUUUUAAAAAAUGUAUUAAAAAAAAAAACACUUCUAGGACUGCCUGGAGUUGGACCUAUAACAUCUGACCUGAGACCUGCUCCAGUACUUGACAAACACAAAGAUGCACUCCCUUUCUCCUUUUCCUCUUGUACAGUUUGCAUUGAUUCUCCAGCAGACUGACUGACUGACAGACUGACUGAUUGACUGAACAAUGUUUUAAAACUCAAAAAGACAUAGCAGGACAGGGUAGGGCAGUGAGUGAAGUCUGCCUCCCUGCAACGCCCCCAUGUGACCAUCGAUGAUACCAGCUAUCUGAUAUUCAGUUCAUUUUGUAUUCUACCAGUGUCUGUGUGCACAUUUAGGAAAGUGUUGAUGCUUUUUUUUUUUUAUUCAUAUUUUGUUUCCUUUUAAAGAAAAAUAUAGAGGAAUUAAUUAAAUAUAUACGGGUGGGAAAAAAAACAUAUUGGAAAAACAAAAUGUCCUUCACUAUCUGGCCAGUGUGUGUAAUGUCCACGUUAUUGUUUCACCUUAUAAGACGUCUCAGCUUCCUGUUGUCCCAAACGUUGUCACAGUUACUGUUCCCGGGACUGGUUACUACGUAUCACUGUCUGUCUGUCUGUCUGUCUGUCUGUCUGUCUGUCUGUCUGUCUGUCUGUCUGUCUGUCUGUCUGUCUGUCUGUCUGUCUGUCUGUCUGUCUGCAUGUCAUGUGAAAGCACAAGAUAUAACAACACAUACAUCUCAAAGGGUACAAAACACAUUUAAAGUGACAGUUUUGUCUAACACUAGUACCAAAACAUUUACGAGAAAUGUGGGAUUUUUUGGGGGGAAUGUUCAACAGCUCCCACUUUGUUUUUUUUGUUUUCUUUUGGGAAGUGGAGAGGAAGGAAUCUUCCCUUCUUCUUUUGGGAAGUGGAGAGGAAGGAAUCUUCCCUUCUUCUUUUGGGAAGUGGAGAGGAAGGAAUCUUCCCUUCUUCUUUUGGGAAGUGGAGAGGAAGGAAUCUUCCCUUCUUCUUUUGGGAAGUGGAGAGGAAGGAAUCUUCCCUUCUUCUUUUGGGAAGUGGAGAGGAAGGAAUCUUCCCUUCUUCUUUUGAAAUAAAGAGCGAUGGAGGAAACCAAGUGGAGGGAGAAGGCGGAGCCGCGGGGGGAUUGGAAAUUGGCAAUCAUCCUCUUCUAGGAGAGAGAGAGUCUACCCUACAGCAUAGACAUUUAUAAUCUCCAAUCAGAGAAAUACAUUUUCGUACUGUGACUGUAUCUUGUUUAUUUAUUAUCCUGGACAGAGUAGAGUCACCAAUUGAUUGAUUGAUUGAUAGUCAUCAAUGGUAAAGGAAAGCAGACGUGGGAGAAUGAUGUUUGUUACCAGGGUUAUGGGUCCAUUUGAAUUGAAGGCAGUCAAUUCAGGAAGUUAACUAAAAUUCAAAUUUAAUCAUUAAUUCCAAUUAAAUAAUUAAAACAGGGCAUAUAUUUUCAAUUACUCUCAAUUAGCUGAAAAAGGAGAAGCUAUUUAACUACGUCAACAUAUCACUUCCAGAAUUGAUUGACAUCAAUUUGAAUUGUUCCCAACCCUGUGGGUUACUAUUUGAGUUUCCUGUCAGGCCGAUAUCAAGCCAGUUAGAGCUCCUAUCUUAUCCAUCUUUCUUCUGUGCAUGCGCCCCCUGGUGUUGCUCCUCUCAUCAUUCUGUCUUCUGUGCAUGCACCGCCUGGUGUUGCUCCUCUCAUCAUUCUGUCUUCUCUGCAUGCACCGCCUGGUGUUAAUCCUCUUAUCAUUCUCUCUUAUCUUCUCUUCAUGCAUCGCCUGGUGUUGCUCCUCUUAUCAUUCUGUCUUCUCUGCGUGCACCGCCUGGUGUUGCUCCUCUCAUCAUUCUGUCUUCUCUUCAUGCACCGCCUGGUGUUGCUCCUCUUAUCAUUCUGUCUUCUCUGCAUGCACCGCCUGGUGUUGCUCCUCUUAUCAUUCUGUCUUCUCUUCAUGCACCGCCUGGUGUUGCUCCUCUUAUCAUUCUCUCUUAUCUUCUCUUCAUGCACCGCCUGGUGUUGCUCCUCUUAUCAUUCUGUCUUCUCUUCAUGCACCGCCUGGUGUUGCUCCUCUUAUCAUUCUCUCUUAUCUUCUCUUCAUGCACCGCCUGGUGUUGCUCCUCUUAUCAUUCUGUCUUCUCUGCAUGCAC